AGAGCGAGCGGCGCCGGCGUCAUGUGACUGCCCGGAGUUGGUGCCAGGAGCCAGAGGGGAGCCAGGAGCGGAGCCGCGCGGAGCCGGGCCCCAGCCGGAGCGCAGCGCGAGCGCCCACCCAGCCGAGCCGCGCCGCGCCCCCCGCACGCGCGCCCGUCCCCGCACGCGUCCCCGUCCCCCGCGGCCGGCGCUGCCACGGCCGCUUGGACGGGAGCGCUGACAUUACCGCAUCCUCGGGACGCCAGGCAGCCCGGAUCCGGGCCUUUAUUUCUGUUCUGCAGCGCUCAGCGCCGCGCCUCGAAAAACCAUACACCAGAACACCCUAGAAAGCUUACCUAAGAGAAUGCUCAUGUUCGACCCGGUUCCUGUCAAGCAAGAGGCCAUGGACCCUGUCUCGGUGUCAUAUCCAUCCAAUUACAUGGAGUCGAUAAAGCCCAGCAAGUAUGGGGUCAUCUACUCCACGCCGUUACCUGAUAAGUUCUUCCAGACCCCGGAAGGCUUGGCGCACGGGAUGCAGAUGGAGCCCGUGGACCUCACUGUCAACAAGCGGAGUUCCCCACCCUCUGCUGGGAAUUCUCCUUCCUCCCUGAAGUUCCAGACCUCGCACCGGAGAGCCUCACCUGGACUGAGUAUGCCUUCUUCCAGCCCACCGAUGAAAAAGUACUCGCCUCCUCCCCCAGGAGUACAGCCCUUCGGGGUCCCGCUGUCUAUGCCACCGGUGAUGGCCGCUGCCCUCUCCCGGCACGGGAUUCGGAGCCCGGGGAUUCUGCCGGUCAUCCAGCCGGUCGUGGUGCAGCCUGUCCCCUUCAUGUACACCAGUCACCUCCAGCAGCCGCUCAUGGUCUCCUUGUCUGAGGAGAUGGAGAAUUCAAAUAGUAGCAUGCAAGUUCCUGUAAUUGAAUCAUAUGAGAAGCCUAUAUUACAGAAAAAAAUUAAAAUAGAACCUGGGAUUGAACCACAGAGGACAGAUUAUUAUCCUGAAGAAAUGUCACCCCCAUUAAUGAACUCUGUGUCCCCCCCGCAAGCACUGUUGCAAGAGAAUCACCCUUCCGUCAUAGUACAGCCUGGGAAGAGACCUUUACCUGUGGAGUCUCCAGAUACCCAAAGGAAGCGGAGGAUACACAGAUGUGAUUAUGACGGAUGCAAUAAAGUGUACACUAAAAGUUCUCACUUGAAAGCACACAGACGAACACAUACAGGAGAAAAACCCUACAAAUGUACGUGGGAAGGAUGCACGUGGAAGUUUGCACGGUCUGAUGAACUAACAAGGCAUUUCCGAAAACACACUGGAAUCAAGCCUUUCCAGUGCCCAGACUGUGACCGCAGCUUCUCGCGCUCUGACCAUCUCGCCCUCCAUAGGAAACGCCACAUGCUCGUCUGAACGCCUCCAUCUCCCACCUCGUCGCGGCUCCCAGCCUCCCGGCUCUCUCUCUGUCCUCCCUCCCAUUAUCUAACUCAUUUUUUUACAUGUACAUUUUAAUUUUGAUUCAGCUGGUCUGAAUCUCUGAAUUUCUAUCAUUCAACCUUCCAUAUGGUCAGUACUAGAUAUUUUCUAAUCCUCCCUCUCCUUACCACGGGUCAGACCUAAAGAAUGUGAACACUUUUUUUUUCCGGGGAUGCUAAGCAAACCCUUCUUACAGAUACGUUUAAUGUAAUGAGAACAAGGGAACAUGUAAACUAACGUUACGGAUUGUCAGUUUCUCCAUGUACUCCUCAAAAGAAUGUCAAAGUAAAUGUAUUAGAAAUACAG